GAAGGCAGAUGAUCAUCGCUCCAGCAUCCUGUUCCUUUGACCGAAGACGCUCGCUUCUGUCCCUGUGCAUCCUGUGCAUCGUCACUUUUUUGUCAGUGGCUUCGUCUCGUGGUCGUUCUUUCGAUAUCCUCGCUUCAAAGCUGCCCGGUUGGAGUCCCGAUUCCUACACUUGCCGCCCGCCUGGGGCUCCCCGCUGUCCCUACUGCCUGGGCCUUUUUGUCCUUCUAGACACAAUCAAAGAAUUCCGGAGCCUCCAGGCGUCCAUCAUUACGCUAUCCUUUCUGAGAAAACCCUGUUAUGCUGAACCCGGCUGUAUGGGAAAAAGGAACUUUGCUAAGCGUCUUUGAUCCUUGUCGCCUGAUCCUCCGGUACCUGUGAGCUCCAGAGGGCCUACUAAUGUCGUCCUUCCAGAGGCCAGGCAAGACUGCCCCGCGUCUUGUACAAGAUAUCCAUGACUAUGACUUCAUCCAUCCUCCGAGUACAGGGCGCAACCUCCUCCGCGACGUCCCACCCGUUUUCCCCGAACGCUCCGAUGGCCAGCUGGAGUACAGCUCGCCGGUAGCAUGUCGCCACCAAUACGUGACCAAGCCCGCCCAAAGCUUUAUGCAACCGGGCGUCGGUAGUCCCCCGAAAGUGUCCGCCGUGUGCUUGAAGUGCCGGUGUCACUUACAGGCCGUCGUGACAUUUACCUCCGCUCUCGCUCGUCCCAGCCAGGGCCCGGCAGGCCACAUACAUCAUUUUAUCUAUAAGUCGGGGAGACAAGUCGGCGGGCCAUCGCCCGAAGAGAUCACGUACAAAGGGCAGCCGGCGGAAAUGUAUCGCUACGAAUGUUCCUACAUCACCUGCCCUGUCGGGGUGUCAGUCCGAAUCGCUUCUCCCCUGCUCAACGAGGAUUCGGUUCAGCUCUUGACGGACCCCGAUGUAUUGCAGAAACGAGCGAAUGAAGCGAUGGCAACGUACCCUGAUCGGAUGGAAGGGAUGGCAGCGCCGGACCCUCUCACCGUCUUGAUCACGUUGCGCACAUAUCUAAGUAACGCUCUUAAUGAUGGCCAGCGGAGCAAGUCGAUAUCUGCCGUCAAUAAGAGGUUCAUGAACUGUUUUGGCAUUGAAGGGCAGCCGUGCAAGGAGUUGCUAGAAUUUCUGGAGUUCUCCGCUAAGACUGAAGGCUUUUGGGAACCUCCCCGGCCUAGUCCCUGGGCAGAAUUCCCCUACCACGACCAGCUUAAGAUCUUUCUCGACGACGCAAUCCAUGAACUCGCCGCGCUUAUAGAACAGAGGCCAUCAAUCGAGAAGAAAGGGCACCAACUUGAAUUCAAUCACAACCCGGCUAGAAAUGACCUUCUUUCAGCCCUGGGAUGUCUGGAUUAUCCGAUGGCUUUUCGACUCGACGAGUUUCAAAUGGCACCUGAACCGUUCUACGAAGAUUUGGGAGUCGUCGAAGAUAUGUCAUCUUCCACAAUAAUAGAAGCAUUCAAUCGACAAGUCUCGGUGGACUCGGGAAGAACGCCCAUAUAUCUACACUGUCUUAAAUCGAUUGGAAGUCUUCGGGGCGGGGAGGAUAGGGCUCUCAUUGACCAAGCAGUCCAACUGGCUUACGCAGAAGGCAAAUAUACCAACGAGGACGUCUUUAAUGCCUACAAGUACUUUGGACUAAGCCAUGACGAUACUCGCCUUACUGAGGAUAGCAUCAUUGGGAAGUUCUAUGCUUACUUGAGCUCCACCACCCAGGAAGAAGAAACUCGUCAGCAGCUAUGGAGAAUCGGAGACAGCAGGCGCAGUGAGCGUAUCAAAGCAGCGGCUGAAGACAGAGUUGCGACUGUUGAACAAGCCCAGGUAUUUCUGGGAGUUAGCGAUGACACAUCCGACGAUUUUAUUAUGGCCAUGUACACAGCUAAGGUUAACGACAGUCCGUCGACUAAAGAUCUCGCAAGACGUGCGAUUGGAAUCAUAGCCGACGCAAGAAAGUCGACCGCUCUCAAGCACUUCUUGAAUACUGGUGAAAUGACGGCCAGUGAGAUGGACCUUGGGGAUGCGUAUCGUCUCCUCCAGAUUCCCGAUCGCACGGUGGAUGAAGGAGCAAUCAUGGCGGCUUACACGAUUUGUGUCGAUGAGGCCCCUGCGCAAGUUGAAACUUACAAUCAGGCAUUGGCAAUAAUCGCUAAGGAGAAAAACAGCCCGUUGUUGAGUAGCAUGGUCUCCGGUUCUGCCCCCAAACCUGACCGAAACAUGUCAGAAUGGCCUGUGGGACUGGAAAACAUUGGCAACACUUGCUACCUGAACAGCCUGUUGCAAUUCUACUUUUCAGUGCGCCCAUAUCGCCAGAUGGUACUCGAUUUCGAGAAAUUCAAGAUGGCUAUCAACGACGAGAGUUUGAGCAAGAAGCAGGUGGGAUCCCGCAAAGUCUCACAAAAGGAGGUCGAGCGGUCUCAAAAAUUCUUGAGAGAACUGCGCACCCUGUUUAAUGACAUGAUCCACUCCCCCAAUUCUCAUGUUAUCCCGGGGCAGGAGCUGGCACGGUUGACUUUGAUCAGCCCUUCGAAUGAAGCUGCAAUCCGUCGUCGGUCCACAAUAUCUGCCAUUCGACCUGGCGGUCUCGGUGAAAUAAAUGGCGCCCCAGUUUUGGGUCCUCUUGGACCACCCCAGCUGCCUGCGGACGAGGAGACGCAUAAUUCAACAGCCCUCGAUACGGAAAAGCGCCAACGUUCAGCAAUAAGCGACGUUGAUAGCGACGCCACCCUUGUCUCCGAUGGCAACAAGAACGCGACGCCGGCCGCUUCAAGUGAUGAUGCCACAAUUGUUUCCAGCGAUGAUGCUACGAUUGCCCCCAGCGAUAAACCCACCAUCAGCCCAAGUGAGGACAAGGAAAAUGAGCUGCCACAGCCCGCCGAUGCUGUAAUGACGGACGUGCAGGGUGAAUCGGCCUCUGAACCGCCCCAAACCACUGGUUCCGACAACAAAUCCGCUGUGGAGAAAACCGCACCUUCCAACAAACCACCGCCCGUGCCUCCUCGUCCCGUGCCACAGGGCGAUACACAGAAGCAGCAACUAUUAGAUGAGGUUGAGAUCGGAGCGCAGCAGGAUGUGACGGAGGUGAUCAACAACGUGCUUUUCCAGAGCCAGUGUGCUAUUGAGCCAAACUCGAUCGCUGCGGACGGCGAGCAGAUCGACCGGAUCAAGGAUCUCUUCUACGGACAAGCCAAAUCUUACAUCCUUUCCAAGGAAGGCGUGCGGUCCAAGGAGGAACGGUGGUGUGAUAUCAAGAUCGAUGUUGCAACUGGAUCCCGUGAUAUCUAUGCCGCCAUCGACGGUGCUUUCGACAUCCAAAAAGUUAAUGUUGGUGACUCCGUGGCGGAGCAAUUUGGUGCCAUAAGCAGACUGCCGCCUGUGCUCCAGAUCCAAGUACAGAGAGUCCAGUUCGAUCCUGUGAAGAAACGCUCAUUCAAAUCCACGCACCACCUCGAGCUAAAGGAAACCAUCUAUCUCGAUCGCUAUAUGGACACCCAACAGCCAGAGAUCAUGGAUCGUCGACGCCAGUGCUGGGAAUGGAAGGAAAAUCUAAGGAAGCUCGAGGCUCGGCGCGAUGAGCUGCUCCGCAUUGAUGAAACGGAUUCCUACGAUAUGCCAGCCUUGUUCAACAGCGCCAAGGAGGUCCUUGAGGACCUAAAUUCUUGGAAAGGCAACCCAGAAUUAGCAGACGAUGCUAUUGAUGUUGACCCGCAAUUGUUCCCUAAACUUGAGCAGGUGUCGCAGGUAGCGAAGUCUGAACUAAACAGCAUCAAUCAAGAAAUAAAGGAUACGCAGACAAUGAUUUCCAGUCAGUUUGCCGACUCUAGGCGUCUGCCCUAUCGUCUCUAUGCAGUCUUCGUUCAUCAUGGGUCUGUAACAUUCGGCCACUACUACAUCUACAUUCGCGACUUUGAACGAAAUAUCUGGCGCAAGUACAACGAUAACUACGUGACCGAAGUCAAUGAUCUGGAUGAGAUCUUCACGAACAAUGACCGUCAGAAUCCGCCGACGCCUUAUUUCCUUGUCUAUGUCAACGACGGCAUGAAGGAGCGCUUGGUCGAUCCCGUUUGCAGACAGGUGGUUGAGAGCCAGCCGGAGAACGAGCAUCAGCCAGUUGCGGACACGGCUACCGCCAUGGAAGGAGUCACUACCCAACCAGUGGCGAACGAAGUGGACAUGAAGCCACCAUCGUAUGAUGAGAUAUGGACUGACAAAGGUGUACCAGGUACGGGAGAUCACCAUCGAACCGUCGGGGUGGGAGACGGCAAGGAAACUCCAACAUGGCCGUCGAAACAAGACACUAACUACCAGACUGUGGAAUGGUAGGCUCCGAGACCAAUUCGCCAGCUGGAGUCAUGCUUCCGAAUCCAUUGAAGCGCAAGGGGUUAGAUGAUGUGGCAUGGUGAGAGAGAGGGAGAGGAACCUGCAUGGCAUUCUCGUA